AUGGCAUUCAUUCGAGCCGGACUCUACGGCUCAAUUGCCUGUCUUGCGUUACAAGUUUCUGCGGCGGGCAAUGACCGGUCCAGUAGCAGGGCAGGUUACGGCCACGGCCAGCCGAUGCCAGUGACCUGUCUAAACCGGACAAUCGAUUCCGGUGAACAUAUCACCGACGACCUCGGCAAACUACAAUACAUCCCGUUCCCGGUCUGCAAUGAGACCUCGCUGCCCCUGGCCCUGCGCUACGGUGUCCCCGAGACGGUAAAUUGCACUGUCAACUCCCUCCCCGAUGAACUCUACCACCUCCUCGAAUACUACGUGCAUUCCGACGUGCCCAUGACCUGUCGCGUACCUACGGGACCCCUCUCCCCGGCCGCCGCCUCCUACGCGAGCACCGAGGACGGCGAGACCGUCGGCACCGAACUGGGCUCGCUCGCUGAGGACGGGCCCGCCUAUACGCCCAUUACCUUCGCGCUCCAGGGCACCCUGCAGCGCAGCCAUUUGCACAUUUGGACGGAUAUGAACGUGCUGAUGCAUAACAUUGCGUCGGCGAGCAAGGAGCAGGCGAAGAAGAAGAGCAAGAAGAAGGCCGCGCAGCAGAGCCCCGGAUACGUUGUCGCGGGAACGGCAUACUCAGUUCCCGAGUUCGACGUGGCGCUGAUGAAGGGCGAGAAGGAGAAGGAUACCUCCGACAACGACGAAGAGGGCCAGACUGAGGCCGAAGCGGCCGCGGUGGCAGAGAAUGCUCGCGAGCCUUGGACGGCCGGACACGGCACGAAGGUCAUUCGCGGCGAGCCGCUCACGUUCACCUUCCAUGUCAAUUGGAUCGAAGGGGGCGCGGGCAUCGGGUGGCCGUCUCGUGCGGCCGCAUUGUCUGGAAGCGAGUCCAGUUCGUCGGGGUUCUUCUCGAAAUUGUUCUUUUUCGGUCUGGCUGCGUCGGUGGGCGCGCUGGUGGCGCUGUAUUGGGAGCGUGUUGGGGGUCGUCGACGAGCUGGGUGGCGAGGGGAUGGGAUCCUGGGGGUCCCGUCUAGAGGGAAGGGGUCUAUUGGGAUCACUUACGGCAAUGGAGGCAAGAUGAACGGAUAUGGGGGGUACGCUUCCUCUAGUAGCUCGUCUACGCCUGGGGGUAGCGGAUACGGAGGGUUCAUGGCUGGGAAAAGAGAUUGA